AGUCCUUACAAGUUAAAUUAAAAACACUUUCUUUUUAGGGUUUAGCCAUAAAGAAGUAAAUUUAACAUUACAUGUGUGUUUGUUUAAGUUUCACCCAUACAGUUUUAUGAUGGACCCAAAAGUUGGGCUGAAGCCUUCAGUCACUGCCUCAACACCAACUCCUCCCUGGUGCAGAACAUGAACCAGACACUUCUGGAUGAGGUGAAGAGUUUUCUGGGAAAUAACACAGACUGGCAGGAUGGGGUCUGGGUCGGCCUGGAACGGUCCAUCUUUGGCACAGACCUGGACUGGAUGUGGGUUUCAGACUCCAAAGCUGAAAACCUGAACUGGAACAGCAGCUUUCCUGUUGAUCGCUUCAACAACCACUGUGGGAAAAUGAUCCUGGAUAAAGAGUCAAAACAAAUCCAGUUUCUGGACGCCAACUGUCAUGAUGAACUACCUUUCGUCUGUCAAGCAGGUCCAGUUUAAACAGAAUCUGUGAAAACUGCACCGACUGAUCACCUUACUGUUUAUCUGGACAAUCAUUUCUUACUACUGGUGUUUGAGAUCACAUUACUUUCUAAUAACCAUUUCUGAUUCAUGUAUUUAUUUAUUACCAUUGUGUUCUUUCUUUUUAUUCUAAUAUACAAACAUUGUAUUAAAGUGGCAUAUUUUUAUGCAUUUAUACAGUUUAAACUAAAUAUCUCACAUUUUUAUUUCAUUUUAGUUUAAUUUAAAAUC